ACUGUCAGAAGUCCAGCUGUCAACUGCCCCAUUUUACGAAUCACGACGUUUCUCGAAUAUUGCGAUUUGCAAAUUAAAUUGCUGCGACGAGCGAAAUUCUAAGAGAAUAACUUAGCGUUAAAAUUAUCUUUACGAAGCCAACAAAAUUUAAGUUUAAUAAUAAGUGUCAAAAGUGGGUGCUGUGUGCUUAUUCUGUACAAAGUUCGUAACAUCGGGUCAAUUUUGAGUGGAUCGAAAACUUAGAUUCUUUAGAACCUCGUGUGUGAAUUUGGGUUGGAACUAUGGCUAAAUGGGGAGAAGGAGACCCUCGCUGGAUAGUAGAAGAGCGUCCGGACGCUACAAAUGUGAAUAACUGGCAUUGGACGGAAAAGAACGCUGGGCCGUGGUCGCAAGAGCGUUUGAAGGAGUUACUGAAUAAUUUAAAAAUUGCCCAAAACGGGAUAGAUUGUAAGAUCACUGAGGUUGAGAAGAUAGACGGAGAGGCUACAGCUAACAAUAGGAAAGGGAAGUUAAUAUUUUUCUAUGAAUGGGACAUUAAGCUGAAGUGGGAAGGUCUUCUGGCUGGAGGCAAGGAUAAGGUUAAGGGGGAAGUGCAUAUCCCGAACUUGUCAGAGGAGAAUGACGUCAGUGAAGUUGAUAUGACUGUAACAAUCAAAGGCAGUGGUGAUGAAGCGCAGAGAGUGAAAGCGUUCAUGCAUAAUGUUGGAAAGGGCGAGAUCCGUAAACAACUCUCAGAGUACAUCAGGAGCUUGAAAGAGGAAUUCUCUAAAGGUCUAAUCCUGCCCAAGAAAGGAGAAGAAAAUGCAAAACCAGAUAACGUUUCAACUAUAACCAGUGGUUUCAACAAGAAAGUCAACAUGGAACCUGUGAUAUCUGCACAGAAGGCACCAGUAGGCUGUAAGCUAGACACGAAAAACAUAGUAUUGACGGAGACCUUCCAAUGUAGGGCUCAGGAGUUUUAUGAUGCUAUGACUCGAAUAGAAAUGGUUACCGCCUUUACUCAAGGUCACGUAAAAAUGGAGGCAGAGAAAGGUGGAAAGUUCUGCCUGUUCGGCGGGAAUGUGACGGGCGAGUUCCGUGAACUGGUGCCGGGGAAGAAGAUCGUUCAGUACUGGAGAUACAAGCAGUGGCCCGACCAGCACUUCUCUGAAGUCACCUUUACUAUUGAGGAGAAGGACGACCACACACUAGUAACGCUGAAGCAGGAUCUGGUUCCAUCAGCGGAAGUGGAUCAGACCAGAGAGAACUGGAAACGCUACUACUUCGACAGCAUCAAACGGGCUUUCGGCUUCGGCGCCUUCCUGUGAUCCACGCAUGCCUUAGAAUAAUUAU